AGAACGUGAUUAUAAAUAUGCAGAGGGAGAGCUUCCCUGGUGGCGCAGUGGUUGAGUCCGCCUGCCGAUUCAGGGGACACGGAUUCAUGCCCCGGUCCAGGAAGAUCCCACAUGCCGCGGAGCAGCUGGGCCCGUGAGCCAUGGCCACUGAGCCUGCGCGUCCGGAGCCUGUACUCCGCAACGGGAGAGGCCACAACAGUGAGAGGCCCGCGUACCGCAAAAAAACAAAAAAACCAAUGAGAGAUGUUUAAAAAAAAAAAAGGAGAACAAAAAAAUAAAACCCCAAUGAGACACCACUUCACAUCUAUUAGAAUGGGCGUCAUGAAAAAGACAAGAGUAAUUAGGGAAUCAUGGCAACUGAUGAAGAUAACAAAGAACAAGUUCUUAAGGAGUAUGGGCCAGCUGAAGAAUUUAUGAAAGAUGAACAAAACCAGAAAUUAAUUAGUGAAAUUGAAAAGGAAAAUAUUCAGUUAAAGGAGGAGAUCCAAAAGCUUGAAGCUGAGUUGCAAGCGACAACCGGGAACUCCCAGAUUAACGAGGAUAUUCCCGAAACAAAGAUAAAGUUCACAGCUGUAGAGAAUCCUGAGAGUGACAGCCAGUUUUCAAAUACCUCCUAUUCGUGUCAAGUGAGCUCAAAAGUCCCUUAUGAGCUACAAAAAGGACAAGCACUUAUCACCUUUGAAAAAGAAGAAGUUGCCCAAAAUGUGAUCAGAGUGGGGCACCAUCACGUGCAGAUACAGGAUGUAAAUGUGAAGGUUAUGGCCAGCCCGGUUCCAUUAAACUUAGGAGUCAGAUUCCAGGUUCACGUAGAAGUGUCUAAAAUGAAGAUCCAUGUUACUGACAUUCCUGAUGAACUGCCUGAAAGUCAGAUGAGAGACAAGCUAGAACUGAGUUUUUGUAAAUCCCGCAACGGAGGCGGAGAAGUGGACUGCGUGGAGUACGACAAGCAGUCCCGGAGCGCCGUUGUCACGUUUGUGGAAAGUGGAGUUGCUGACAAGAUUUUGAAAAUAAAAGACUAUCCUCUUUAUAUAAAUGAAAACUGCCAGAGAGUUACUGUUUCUCCGUACACAGAAACAUACCUGAAAAAGUUUCAGGUAUUUUCAGGAGUAUCUAAGAAGACGGUGCUUCUGACUGGACUGGAAGACCUUCAGAUCAUAGAUGAAGAAACUGUAGAGGAUUUUAUUAACAUUCACUUUCAACGGGAGAAAAAUGGAGGUGGAGAAGUCGAGGUAGUCAAGUGUUCCCUUGGGCAACCUUACAUAGCAUACUUUGAAGAAUAGAGUCAUGGAAUCCUAUGAAAAUUAGAGCUUUUGAACCCAAAUCACUGUUAAUGCUUGACAAAAAUGAAUAUCCUUUUCCUUAAAAAAAAAGAAUAAUUCUUUCGUGUUUGUUUAUUCUUAGAUACAAAAUAUAUUUCUGUUUUUGAAUUCUUUGUUUCCACCUGUGCUGAAUGUUUACAAAUGCAAUAACUAUAUUAAAACUGUUUUGUUCAUAAA